UUUCUACUUCGGCAACCACUGUCAGUUUACGUCUGUUUUGUCGUGAAAGGCUUGACUAAUUUUCGAGUUAUUGAGAAUUGUUGCGUUUUUGGAGAUUAAGUUCCUCUCGAGAUUUUUUGCCUCAAAAACGUACAAUUAAUCUUAUCAAUUUAUAAGUUCUGUUGAGUUGUAUUGAAAUAAGAACCAAUCAUGGCGAAAAUGGCGUUUCAGCACCAGGCGGGCACCGCUAUGGAAUGCUUGAGUAUUCCAAUAACUCUACAUAAAGAGAAAGACUUGGAUGAAGAAGGUCGAGAGGUAUUGAAAUGUGGCUUCAAGAUAGGAGGUGGCAUCGAUCAGGAUUUUAAAAAAAGUCCACAGGGAUAUACAGAUUAUGGCAUUUAUGUUACCGAAGUACACGAGGGCAGCCCAGCGGCGAAAUCCGGUUUGCGAAUGCAUGAUAAAAUACUCCAAUGUAACGGAUACGAUUUUACAAUGGUUACGCACAAAAAGGCAGUAAGUUAUAUUAGAAAAAAUCCCGUUCUGAACCUUCUUGUGGCACGGAAGGGAGUAACUUCCACCUAAGCUAAACACACCAUAUGGAGAAACAUCAGUUAUUGUUAUCAUAGGUAUUUAAUCAUAUUCUUUUGUAUAACAGAAGUUUUUUUACGCGAGGUAUUUACAAACAAGAUCAUAACAAGCCACUAAGUUUAAGUGAAGUAAGCACGCCACGAAAAGCAUUUGCGGUGACAGGAAUUCAUAGAAUGCUGCCACAAACCAUCCGUUUUUUACGUUUAGAUUUAAAACAAAUGAUGCAAACACCAUUCGGAUAAACAAUUUUACAGUCUGCUUUUAGUGUUUAUAUCGCGUUACUUGUUGAAAUGGAAUAUACUUUUGCAUUUUCAAAAUAGUUAUUGCGUUAGGUGAAAGAGCGUAUCGAAAACGUGGUUAAUGGUCUUUUUGACAUUUUUCCUAUCAUCUGAUGAAAUAGAUUCCUAGGGACUGAAAAUAUAUAAUAGCAUUCCAAAUAGGUAAAAACAGUGAAACAUUGAAGAUGUACCAUUCCAUACGGGCAAAAAACAUAAUAUUUUCUCUAUAAAACGUAUUUUGAGAUUUUGUUCAGCAAAAAUCGAGAUUUGUACUUUAUAAAGCACAGUUUCUAGUCAUUUGCAAUUUUGUAAUUUAUUGAUAGUUUCCACGAAGCACGCAUCGAUUCUAAAUUGUCCUAAUAAUGUUGAACUAAUGCCAUAUGAAUAUAUUUUCAACCCCUUGUGAGCUAUUUUAUCGAAACAUGAUACGAAAAAAAAGCGAGAACAAUAUUAUUACUACCAAAUUGGAGAAUAGGAUGAUAUGGCUGCUUCUUGGCGUAUUCCUUCCCUCGUCGUGUGUGUGACACAUUUAAAGUAGUUAAGACAUCUAUAUUUGAUACUUUAUUUAGUUUUAUAGCGAAUCGCAAAUAAAUGCAUGCCAAAGUACAAA